ACUCAUGCAAUUGGUUUCUAUUGCAGUCAGCAAAGCGAGGUUCCCGGAAGAAAAUAAAUACAUUUUUAUUUACAACGAUAUAUAUUUUUUCGCGGUGAUUUAUUAUUAUUUUUAAUUAAACAUACUAUACUGACUGUCUUAAAAAAACAAACAAAAAAAAAAACCGUACAAUUGGAACAUGCGUUUAUUUCGGCUAUCUGUGCUGGUUAUCCCAUGAUGCAGUGCAGUGUUUUGUAAGUCUCCAGUUUAAUGUGGCUUUUUUUCCCCAAUCGAAGAUGGCGGUGCAGGAAUCAGCUGCUCAACUCUCCAUGGCACUGAAGGUCCAGGAAUAUCCAACUUUAAAGGUUCCGUAUGAGACCUUGAACAAGCGCUUCAGGGCUGCUCAGAAGAAUAUAGACCGGGAGACAAGUCACGUGACCAUGGUUGUGGCAGAGCUGGAGAAGACUUUGAGCAGCUGCCCAGCUGUGGAGUCUGUAGUUUCUUUACUAGAUGGGGUUGUGGAGAAACUCAGUGCUCUGAAAAGAAAGGCUGCAGAGUCUAUCCAGGCUGAAGACGAGAGUGCGAAGUUGUGCAAGAGGAGGAUUGAGCACCUGAAGGAGCACAGCAGCGACCAGCCGGCUGCAGUGAACGUGUGGAAGAAGCAGCGCAUGGACCGCAUGAUGGUGGAGCACCUGCUGCGCUGCGGCUACUACAGCACGGCUGUGAAGCUCGCCAGGCAGAGCGGCAUAGAGGACCUUGUAAAUAUCGAGAUGUUCCUCACAGCUAAAGAGGUUGAGGAGUCCCUGGAGAGACAGGAAACCGCCACCUGCUUGGCGUGGUGCCACGACAACAAAUCAAGACUUCGAAAGAUGAAGUUUUCCUUCCAGAGCUGUCUCGAGUUCAGCCUUCGAAUUCAAGAGUUCAUUGAGCUUAUCCGACAAAACAAAAGGAUGGAUGCUGUCAGGCAUGCCAGGAAGCACUUCAGCCAGGCUGAGGGAGGUCAGCUGGACGAGGUCAGGCAGGUGAUGGGAAUGCUGGCCUUUCCCUCUGACACUCAUAUUUCUCCUUACAAGGAUCUCUUGGACCCAGCUCGCUGGAAGAUGCUGAUACAACAGUUCAGAUACGACAAUUAUAGAUUACAUCAGCUUGGCAACAAUUCUGUCUUUACCAUAACUCUCCAAGCUGGACUCUCAGCUAUAAAAACUCCACAAUGUUACAAGGAUGAUGGCACUUCAAAAAAUCCGGACUGCCCAGUCUGCAGCAAGUCUCUGAACAAGCUAGCACAGCCACUGCCUAUGGCACAUUGUGCCAACUCCCGGCUAGUCUGUAAAAUCUCUGGAGAGGUUAUGAAUGAAAAUAACCUUCCCAUGAUGCUUCCCAAUGGAUAUGUAUACGGAUACAAUUCUCUGCUUUCCAUUCGCCAAGAUGAUAAGGUGAUCUGCCCAAGAACCAAAGAGGUCUUCAACUUUUCGCAGGCUGAGAAAGUCUACAUCAUGUAAAUGUACAGACCUGGGGCAAUGCUCCGGUACAGGAAAUGAUGGCAUGCCUGGUUGGGUCUGAAACACAAAGGAGGAGUAACCCAAGUCUGUCUGGAGAGUCGGACCUGUCCAAUGGGGGCAUUGUUUCUUUAGACCAAAGAACAAACUGCACAAACCAUCUGUGGAGCGUUUCAUAAAUAAGAGGAGAAAGAAACGAGAAACAAAUUUAAGAUUGUACUUGAAAACAACAUUCAUAUUUUGAUUGUGGGGGUUUAUAACAACAUAGAAUUGAUUUUGGAAAAUUGGCGUUUUAAAAAAAAAAAAAAAAAAAAUACAAAAAAAAAAUAUUGCAUUUAGUGUUUGUGUGUGUGUAGAGCUCACUCUCAAGAUCAUUAGUGCUGCUGCCGCCUUUUUUUUUUUUUGCUAUUCAAAAUGUAAAUCCAAUAGCAGUUUUACCAUAUUGGUGUUGACAGUCGGAGGGGGAAUCAGAAGACCAAGAUGGCAAAAAGGUUAAUUGCAUUUUGGAUGAUGCAUAAACUGGGACUAAUAAAUCCUGUUUAAACUGUGCAUUCUAUUAUCCAGUGCCCUACAGGAUUUCAGAAGACUAGCUGCUUCUGGCAAUAUUAACUAUUAAAAAGUAUUGGAAAUGUAGAAGAUUGUUUUAGUACUUAUGUAUGCAUGUUUACAUUGUUAGAGUAUAGAACAAGUUGUAAAAUUGCUGAAACAGGUUGUUAAUAAAAACAAGUUGCUGUU